GGUGGAGCCGCUGGUGGCCGCGCCAGGAUGUGCAGAAGGAGGCGGGCUGUCACACUCUCUGCUCGGUAUGCGAGGACUCGGCUGCCGGAGUGAAUCUGUCUUUAUUCUGCCGGAGGAACGGAGGCGGCAGGCGGACAGCGAGGGGAAAUGAGCAACAGGAUGGAGGGUUCGGCGGCACCAGGCGUCGGGGCGAACGGACCCGUGGCAGCGCCCAGCAGCCCGGUGAGGUCCUCCAUGGGCCCGCCUCUGUCUCCAGAGGAGCUGGGAGACGAGCAGCAGUCGUCCCUGACAGACGUCACCCAGAUGUGGAUUAAGUUUGCCAAGACCUUCGCCCUCAUCUUCCCCAUCUACAUCUUGGGAUACUUUGAGUUCAGCUUCAGCUGGGUUCUGAUCGGACUGGGUGCGUUGUUCUACUGGAGGAAGAACCACAGCACUCAGGACUACAGGAUAAACCGUGCCUUAGCAUUCAUGGACCAUGAGGAGAAAGUGAUGAAGCAGAGCGUGCCUACGACUGAGCUGCCACCAUGGGUUCAUUAUCCAGAUGUGGAAAGAGUAGAGUGGCUGAAUAAGACGGUGAAGCAGAUGUGGCCGUUCAUCUGCCAGUUUGUGGACAAGCUGUUCAGGGAGACCAUCGAGCCAGCGGUGAAGGGCGCCAACCCUCAUCUCAGCACCUUCUGCUUCACCAAGAUCGACAUGGGCGACAAGCCGCUGAGAGUGAACGGGGUGAAAGUUUACACAGAGAACGUGGACAAGAGGCAGGUCAUCAUGGAUCUGCAGAUCAGUUUUGUCGGGAACACAGAGAUUGACGUGGACAUCAAGAAGUUCUAUUGCAGAGCUGGGAUCAAAAGUAUUCAGCUUCACGGAACGUUGAGGGUGGUGAUGGAGCCGCUGCUGGGGGACAUGCCUCUGAUCGGCGCUCUGAGCGUCUUCUUCCUCAAGAAACCAUUGCUCGACAUCAAUUGGAGCGGACUCACAAACAUGCUGGACAUUCCUGGUUUAAAUGGUUUAUGUGACAACAUCAUCCAGGACAUCAUCUACGGCUUCCUGGUUCUGCCCAACUCCAUCAAGAUCCCUCUGGUGGGAGAGGCCGCUCUCGCCGCGCUGCGCUUCCCCAUUCCCAAGGGCAUCCUGAGGAUCCACUUCAUCGAGGCCCAGGACUUGCUGAUUAAAGACAAGUUACUGGGAGGGCUGAUUAAAGGCAAGUCCGACCCGUACGGAGUCAUCCAGGUCGGGACCAAAGUCUUCCAGAGCAAAGUCAAACACGAGACCAUCAACCCAAAAUGGAAUGAAGUGUACGAGGCCUUGGUGUACGAUCACUCAGGACCCAAUGUGGGCGUCGAGCUGUUUGAUGACGACCCUGAUAAAGACGACUUCCUGGGAAGUCUGGUGCUCAACCUGGCCGAGCUCCAGAAGGAACAGAAGGUCGACGAGUGGUUUGUUUUGGAGGAAGUGGCCUCAGGGAAGCUGCACCUCAAACUGGAGUGGUUGUCUCCGCUGCCUGCACCUGAGCAGCUGGACCAGGCGCUGAUGAACAUCGGUGCUGAUCGCGGUAAAGCCAGCGACGGCCUCUCGUCUGCGCUGCUCGUCGUCUUCCUGGAUUCUGCCAGAAACCUGCCGCGCAAUCCGUUAGAGUUCAACCCAGCGGGGCUGAAGAAGGCCACGUUCAGUAAGGCCCUCAAGUCCGGUAAAAAAGUGACCAGUGAUCCCAGUCCAUUAGUCCAGUUCAGAGUGGGACACGAAUCCUUCGACAGCAAGACCCGAUAUAAAACCAACGAGCCCGUGUGGGAGGAGGCCUUCACCUUCCUCAUUCACAACCCCAGGACCCAACAGCUGGAAGUGGAGGUGAAGGAUGCGAAGCACGAAUGUUCCCUGGGGACGAUCACGCUGCCGCUGACUCGCCUCCUGGAAGCAGAAGACAUGACGCUGAACCAGCGCUUCCCUCUGAAGAACUCGGGGCCGAGCUGCACCAUCAAGAUGAAGGUGGCUCUGCGGGUGUUGUGCCAGGUGAAGGACACGUCCCCCGCCCCGAACUCCGACCCGUCCUCGGUGCCGGUCCCUAAGUCCUCCGGCCAGACGACCCGACCCUCGGCCUCCUCUGACUCGAAGCUUCCCUCCGACACCCCUGUAAACCCCCCCUCGGCGUCUCUGUCGGCCCAGGACCUGAUGAACCGGCAGAAGGACACGGGCGAAUACGUCCGGUCUCCCGGCAGCACGGACUUGGGGCAGGGCGGAGCCGAAAGAGGAGGGCGGAGUCUGGCGGAGUCCGGGAGGAGCAGCUCUAACCUCGCCAUCUCCGGCUCGCAGCAGUACCUGGCCGGAGGCAAAGAGCCGACGCCCAGCAUCGCAUCAGACAUCUCCAACCCCUACGCCACGCAGGAGCUGCAGCAGAGGCUCCACCAGCUGCAAAAUGGCUCAGGCCCCAGUUACUUCCCACUGGGUGAGGUCCAGCUGACGGUCAGACACAGCUCGCAGAGGAACAAGCUCAUCGUGGUGGUUCACGGCUGCAGAAACCUGAUAGCCUUCACUGAUCAGGGGUCAGAUCCGUACGUCCGCCUCUACCUGCUUCCCGACAAACGGAGGUCGGGCCGGAGGAAAACUCACACGUUCAAGAAAACCCUGAACCCCGUGUACGAUCAGACGUUUGAGUUCAGCGUCUCCCUCGUGGAGCUCCACAGACGGACCCUGGACGUGGCUGUGAAGAACAGCGGGGGUCUGCUCUCCAAGCACAAAGGCCUUCUGGGAAAGGUUCUGGUGGACUUGACUCAUGAGGACAUCACCAAGGGUUGGACACAAUGGUAUGAGCUGAGUGAAGACGGCCUGGCGAGGCCUCCGCAGCUAUAGACGUCAACAGCCGAGUGUUCACCACAACAUAUCUCCACCCCUCCGCUCUACAUCACUGCACCAUGUUGUUCUCUCAUCACUUGUAACUGUUAAAAACAGACAAAAGGAAACAGAAAAGCAGCUUUCGAUUUAUUUAAUCUCAUCAGUCGCAAGGCAAACGUCCCCUUUAAGAAGUGCGUGAGUGGCUGAGUAUAUAUGCAACAAGUAGAAAACUAUAUAUGACACAAUAAACAGUAGAACAAUCUAUUUUUUAGUCGUAAAGAUCGAUGAUGCUGAGGUUUGUAAAUAAUGUAAAAUGAUGCUGGAUGAAACUGACGUGUAGAGAAAGACGUCCGAGGUUUCGGACUCGGCCAAAUGAUUGUUUGUAAUUUUAUAUGUUUUCAUGAUUAUCAUUAUUUGUUCUUUUUUUAAUGGCUCAAUAUUCUGGACGGAGUUUCCGAGGCAGAGCGGGGGGGGGGGGGGUGCAGUGCAGAGAGACACGUCACCAAAGAGACAGGAAGCAUUUUAUUUUGGUAACACAACUGUACGCUGGCUUUAUUCCACUUUAAUAACGUGUGUAUUAACCAUGUGAUGAGAACUUUGAAUACACAAAUAUCGUGUGAAAUAUGAUGUUAGUAACAAGUUCAUUUAGCUCGAUAUCAGAAGGCUUUUUCAUCAGUUAAUAUUCCUGCUGUUACACUGCAAUAAGGCCCAUCUGAUGGUUUUUAAAACUAUUUGCACAUUUGUGUGUGUUUGUGUGUGUUUUUUUUUAUCUGGUCGGGGAUCAUCCGUGUUCUUAUCAGCAAUUUGAACAUUUCCUGAAUUCACUUAGGUUUAUCAGAUCAUUUCAUCUCAAAUUCAUUAAAUUCAUGUUUUUCUAAAUAUAUAAAAUUCAAAGAUCUUGAGCUGAUGAAUUCGGUGACAUUUGGGUUUUGCUUUCUCACCACAAGUUAAAUGCGAGGUUGGGUUGUUCUUUUGUUUUGAGGAACAGAAUCCGCCUGCUAUCACCUUUUUAAGUUUAUCAAUUAUUACAUUAAUAUGUCGUUAUAUUGUUUGCUUGUAUGGAACAAUCAAGAAAUCCACCAACUGAUGUUUUUAAACUCAUCCCUGUCUCCGUGCUUUAUGCUAAGCUAAGCUAAUCCUGGAUUUUGGUUAAAAAAAUAAAUGAAACACGUAUUACUCAAAGUAUGGAACUAUCGUUAUCAUGUCAUUCCUGCAUCACGUUGGACUUUAUCUAAUAUGAAAAGUGAGAAAACUGAUUUUGUGUUAAAAAUAUAGACUUAGAGCAACAGAGUGGUGAUUUCAGAUUUAAUCACAAACGUUUUUUUCCCACUUCCUGUUGACAGAGGUUGAUGUGAUCGUCGCUCACAUUUUGUUUACGUCAACAUCGGUCUUAACUCUUCAUCGAGGGUAAUUUUCAACACUGUGUUGUGUUGCGUUUGUUGCGGUGACGCACAAAAUGUGUCGUCUGAAGCAAAAACCACACAGCAGUGAUGAAAACGACAUUUCUCUGUUUUCCUGUUUUGUUUUUUUUAGCUUCGUGUUUGCUUCUUGUUUUUCACAUUUUUGUUUAGUUCUCGGUUGGUUUUGUUUUUUUCUUUAAUGUUUGUUUUCUCGUUUUGUUCACUAUUGUGUGUAAAUUUAAUUCGCUUGGUUUGUUUCAUAUUUGUUUUGUGUUGCCUUGUGUACAUGCACUUGAAUGAAGCAUUGAUCUGAUUUAUAUCGUCAACAAAGGAUUUGGUUGUGUAUGAGUUUUAGUAUCGAACCUAAAUGCGUUUGUGUGUCAAUACGCAGCCCAACAGUGAUUGUGUGUUGAUACUGAGGUGGCUGCAGUUUGACCUUUGCCCUUUGAAACACCAAAUAUUGACCUUUGCCUUGUUCUCAUUCACAUCAGGCAUCAAGAAAGUAUUUCACAUUAAUGUCUGUAACUAUUGUUUAAUGUCUCUCAAUGUUCUCUUCCAGCCGUCGUCCUCUUUGUCGUGUUUUGUGCGUCAGUCUGUGUAUUUUGUGCGUCAGCCAUCGGGUUUGCACACUUUGCCUCCGUGGGUGCAGUGUGUCCUCGUUUAUCUUGUUUAUCUUGUGCCUUAGAAUCCACACGGCCCAGAGAUAUGAACGUGUUUGAAAAGAACCAGCGUGUUUCAGAACGUCUCCUCAAUGAAAUGAAUAAAGAUCUUCGGCUGCAGCAGCAGGAAGCUGAA